UAAAAAAAUGUCUUUCUCUCUUCACAGCCCAUUUGUUCCCACCACUGGAUACUCCCACUUAGGCAACCACCCAAACCACAUCCCGCCGCCGUCGACGACGAAGUCUGCGUUUCCACCGUCACUGGGGCGUCAACGGAGAAGAGAGCUAAGAAGCGUCUUAAUUCGGUCGUUGGAUCCAAUAAUGGAAGUUUGCGGCGUAGAUUCCGAGGGUAAAGAGUUUAACAGCGCUCAAGAGAUGUGGAGAGAAGCUAUUGGGGAAGAAGGAGAUGAAACCAAGAAAACCCAAUGGUACAGAGACGGUGUUUCUUACUGGGAAGGUGUUGAAGCUUCUGUUGAUGGAGUAUUAGGAGGAUAUGGGCAUGUGAAUGAUGCUGAUAUUACAGGAAGUGAGGUUUUUCUGAAGACUCUUAUGCAAGAAAGAUUAGUCAAUGGAGGAGCAAAUCAGCAUCUGGUGGCUCUUGAUUGUGGUUCUGGUAUUGGAAGGAUCACUAAGAAUCUUCUGAUACGGUAUUUCAAUGAGGUUGAUCUUCUUGAGCCUGUAGCGCAGUUUCUUGAUGCCGCACGUGAGAAUUUGGCAUCUAUUGGCUCAGAAACCCACAAAGCAACUAACUUUUUCUGUGUACCUCUUCAGGAGUUUACUCCAGCUGCUCAAAGGUACGAUGUCAUAUGGGUUCAAUGGUGCAUUGGUCAUCUCACUGAUGAUGAUUUUGUUUCUUUCUUCAACCGGGCAAAGGGAUGCCUUAAACCCGGUGGGUUUUUUGUUGUGAAAGAGAAUCUCGCUAAGAAAGGAUUUGUUUUGGACAAAGAGGAUCGUAGCAUCACCAGAUCCAAUCCGUACUUUAAAGAGCUCUUUCGUCGAUGUGGGUUACAUGUCUAUCAAACAAAGGAUCAGAAGGGUCUUCCUCAGGAGUUAUUUGCUGUGAAAAUGUAUGCUUUAACGGUUGAUACACCACCAAAAGUCCACGGAACCAGAUCCAAAACUCGCAGUAACCGACCACAAAUCAUCAAAUGAUGACAGGCUUCUGAUUUAAAGAAAGAACUAUCAAAGUUAUUGUAAGAUAUGUGAUCAAGGCUUAGCUGGUUCAAAAACGGCUCAGUUACGUUGUUUGGUUUUGGCCGGUUCGAAUCUCCUGUCCUCGCUUGGUUUUACGCACCUUUUUGUUCAUUGUCUGAUAAUUUGCUCGAACUUGACGAUAUAUGUACUAUUCAAAUGGUGAUUUGUAAUCAGAAUCGAAGUUGCUUCUUAUUAAA